ACCUCUCUCUUUUUCUUUCUUAUUAUCUACCCCAACUCAGCUCCCCAAAUACCUGUUUCCCGCCUUUAUUAUUUUUUUUUGUUUCUCCCAAUCCAAGUUUGAUUUAUCAAAUUGCUUUGAGUCUGAUCGAAAAAAAAAAACAUAGUUUCAAUCAUGUCAAGCACGGUUUCUCGUGGAUGGGUAUUCAUGGUGGUGGUGAUGGUCUCUGUUCUUGCUGCGGCUAUCAAUCUCAAUCCUCCCUCUGCUUCUUCUUCUUCCGAUUCUCCGACUGUUUCCUUGGAUUCGUCUUCCGCAACUGAAGAACAAGAAAGCGUCUUUCCUUCACGGACACACAUAAUCUCAAGUCUACAAUAUGAGUUUUACAGAGAAAAGUGCCCACAAGCUGAGAAGAUCGUGAGAUCGACCAUGGCGCAAAUAUUGGUUCGAAACAAGAAUUCCACUGCUCAACUCCUCCGCCUCUUCUUCCACGAUUGCUUCAUUCAGGGUUGUGAUGCUUCAGUGCUCCUAAAUGACAGCAACAGGAACGCAAAUCACUCUGCUGAGAAAGAUGCCACUCCCAACAGGACAUUGAAGGGCUUCGAUUAUAUUGAUACCAUCAAACAAGAGCUUGAAGAUGCUUGCCCAGGAAUUGUAUCUUGCGCUGACAUUCUUGUUCUUGCCACUAGAGAUGCCAUUGUCCUUGCUGGUGGCCCAUUCUAUCCGGUCUUUACAGGAAGGAGGGACAGCAACCGGUCGUAUUUUGCCCAAGCCACGGCUGAGAUACCCAGGCCUGAUGGCAAUAUCUCAGAGACGCUUAGGCUAUUUGCUCUCCGAGGAUUCACGACCAGACAAACCGUGGCUCUUCUCGGUGGGCAUAACAUUGGGAAGAUCGGUUGCGACUUCAUCCGACCAAGACUUAACAAUUUUAUGCGAACUGGACGGCCUGACCCAUCUAUACCCUCUGAUUUUCUUUUGGAGAUCAGCAUGAUUUGCGGCAAUGGGAAUAGCACUUCGUCCGAUGGAGCUGCUCCUACCCCCGUGAGAUCCAGGAGUAUAAUGGGGAUAGCACUUGAUUCUGCAAUUUCAUCAGGAUCAGUCUUUGAUGCUCAUUACUACAAAAAAUUGCUGAAAGGCAGAGGACUUCUCUUUGCUGAUCAGCAGUUGAUGGCCAGUCAAGAGACUACUGAUCUAGUGAGAGCUUAUGCAUCUGAUGAUGGCACAACCUUUCGGGUUGAUUUUACAAGGGCCAUGGUGAAGAUGUCUAACCUUGGCGUUCUAACUGGAUCUCAAGGACAGGUCCGGCUCACUUGCUCGAGGGUUGUCAGCUCCAAUUUACAGAACCGGCCAUGGUAGACUUGACCUUGUGCGAAUUUGAUUGGAUGCAUAUACUUUUCUUUUUUUUCAAAUUCUAGUAUCAGAUUAAUCGAACAGAUUAGGGAUUAUUUGUUUCUUUUCUUCAAAUUCUUCUUGAAGUUUUACUUGUGGAUGUUAGUUUCAUAUUGAGGAAUCUAAAAGUAGAAUUGUAUAGAAGUAAUGUGGUUUUUUGUGGUUAUUAUACUUGAAACCUUGUUUAGCCA